AAGGCUCCCCCGCCUCACCGCACGUCCUCGAGGCCGCCGUCUCUGGUCGUACCUCACCUCCCUCCCUCCGCCCAGUGCUCACAGCUCACACGCAGCCCACACACGUCCCACGCCCGCCGCCGCCAUGGACGUUGCUGGCCUGCGGGACCGCAUCCAGGCCACUCUUGAUCCGAAUGCCGCCAUCCGGCAACAGGCCGAGCUCGAUCUCAAAUAUGCCGAAGACAAGCCAGGCUUCACCGACGCCCUGCUGAACAUCCUCGAGGCCGAGCAGGACAACGGCGUGCGAUUGUCAACCGUCGUGUACCUCAAGAACCGCAUCUCGAAGGGCUGGGCCCCCGCUGAGGAAUUCAGCCAUGCCAAACCCAUCCCCGAGAACGAGAAGGACUCCUUUCGAAACCGCCUCGUGCCCAUCCUCGCCGCAUCACAGACGCAAGUGCGCGUCCAGCUCAUCCCCACUCUCCAGAAGAUCCUCGCGUACGACUUCCCCCAGCGAUGGCCCAACUUCCUCGACAUGACCAUACAGCUGCUGAAUGCCGGAGACGCCAACUCGGUGUUUGCCGGCGUGCAGUGUCUGUUGGCAAUCUGCAAGAUCUACCGAUUCAAGUCGGGUGAGAACCGGGUCGACUUUGACAAUAUUGUGGCCAUGUCGUUCCCGCAGCUGCUCAACAUCGGCAAUUCGCUUGUCAAUGAGACCAGCCUAGAGGCUGGCGAAAUCCUACGCACAGUCUUGAAGGUGUACAAGCAUGCCAUCUAUUUCGAUCUCCCGGCGUCGCUCCGCGAACAGGGAACCAUGGUCGGGUGGUGUACGCUCUUCCUUACAAUUGUAGCCAAGGAGCCGCCGGAAUGCUCCCUCCCAGAAGACGUGGAUGAGCGCGAAACAAACCACUGGUGGAAAGCCAAAAAAUGGGCGUAUGCGAAUUUGAACCGGCUCUACGUCAGAUAUGGCAACCCUGCGACUUUGGGUAAAAACAACGACGUUGACUACACCGAGGUGGCAAAAUACUUCAUCACUAACUUUGCGCCUGAAAUCCUGAAGGGAUAUCUCACACAGGUGGAGAAGUGGGUUGGGAAAACCGGGUGGCUUUCCAAGGCCUGCCUGUACUACACGCUUAAUUUCCUGGACGAGUGCAUCAAGCCCAAGUCAAUGUGGAAUCUGUUGAGGCCCCACACAGAAAACCUCAUUUCGCACCUCCUCUUCCCAGUCUUGUGCCAAUCCGAUGAGGAUAUCGAGCUUUUCGACACCGAACCUCAGGAGUAUCUGCACAGGAAAUUAAAUUUUUACGAAGAGGCAUCGGCGCCUGAUGUUGCCGCUACGAACUUCCUUGUUACACUCACCAAGAGCCGACGAAAACAAACCUAUACCGUGUUGAACUUUGUCAACGGCAUCGUAAACCGAUACGAAUCCGCGCCCGAUAACGAAAAGAAUGCCAGGGAGAAGGAAGGUGCGCUGCGCAUGAUUGGAACCCUUUCUGGAGUCAUACUCGCAAAGAAGAGCCCGAUUGCGGACCAGGUUGAAUACUUCUUCGUGCGACAUGUCUUCCCCGAGUUCCGGAGCCCUCACGGCUUUCUCCGUGCCCGUGCCUGCGAUACUUUGGAGAAAUUUGAGGCGCUCGAUUUCAAGGACCCGAACAAUCUAAUUAUCAUUUACCGCAACAUUUUGGAGUCAAUGGCGGAUCCCGCCCUCCCCGUCCGCGUCGAGGCUGCGCUAGCACUUCAGCCACUGAUCCGGCAUGAUAUCAUUCGAAGUAAUAUGCAGCAGAAUAUUCCUCAAGUCAUGCAGCAGCUGCUGAAGCUAGCGAAUGAAGUCGAUGUGGAUGCUCUUGCCAACGUCAUGGAGGACUUCGUCGAAGUAUUUGCUGCCGAAUUGACACCAUUUGCUGUCGCCCUAAGCGAACAACUCCGCGACACUUAUCUGCGUAUCGUCCGAGAACUACUGGACCGUCAAACGGGUAAGGAUGAUGAUAAUGAGUAUGGGGAUUUCCUAGACGACAAGAGCAUUACCGCUCUCGGUGUGCUUCAGACGAUCGGCACCUUAAUCCUGACCCUGGAGAGCACUCCCGAUGUGCUCUUACAUCUGGAGACUAUUCUCAUGCCUGUCAUCACCAUCACUCUGGAGAAUAAGCUCUAUGAUCUGUACAAUGAAGUUUUCGAGAUCAUCGACAGCUGCACAUUCGCAGCCAAGAGCAUAUCGAAUACUAUGUGGCAAGCUUUUGAAUUGAUCCAUCGCACAUUUAAAGCCGGCGCAGAACUAUAUCUAGAAGAUAUGCUUCCCGCAUUAGAAAACUUCGUCAACUACGGCACACAGACGCUCUCCCAAAACCGAGGGUAUCUCGAAGCCAUUGUGGACAUGGUUAGAACAAUUUUCAAGGACGAUAAGGUAGGUGGUGUAGACCGCAUAUGCGGCUGCAAGUUGUCCGAGAUCAUUAUGUUGAACAUGCGCGGUCACGUUGACGACUAUGUCCCUGAGUUCCUCGCACUCACUAUGACGGUCCUCACCAACGAUGAACCAAAGGUCAAGUCGCUUCGAAUUCAUUUGAUGGAGGUUGUCAUCAAUGCGAUUUAUUAUAACCCAGGGUUAGCCCUUCAUGUGCUCGAGAGCAAUGGCUGGACGAACAAGUUCUUCAGUCUUUGGUUCUCGAGCAUUGAUAGCUUCACCCGAGUGCACGACAAGAAGCUCUGCAUCUCAGCAAUUUGCGCGCUCCUCACUUUGAGGGCGCAGGAUGUCCCCAUCAGCGUCCAGCAAGGAUGGCCGCGACUCCUCCAAGGCAUCGUGCGGCUCUUCCAGACACUUCCUGCAGCCAUGAAAAAUCGCGAAGAAGCCAAGAAGGAAGAGAAUUUCGAGUUUGGCAACGACUAUGAUGAAGAAGAGGAUGAGGAGUGGGAGCAGGAUAAUGAUUGGAACAAUGAGGCAGAAGAGGCCGAGGAUGUUAAGGAUGAAUCCGCCGCCUAUCUAGAGUUCCUCAAUGAAGAGGCCCGGAAAUUCACCGCCGUGAGCGAGGAGGAGGACGACGAACUCGAGGAGGAGAGCCUACUCGAGACUCCGCUCGAUAAAGUCGAGCCUUACAGCAUGUUUAAGCAUGCCUUACUUCGUCUCCAACAAGAACAGCCUGCCCUUUAUGAAAACCUCACCAAAAACCUUAAUCCCGAAGAACAACAAGUUGUUCAAGCCGCCGUCCACCAAGCCGACGUCAUCACUCAGGCUGCCGCACAAGUUGCGCAGGCCCAGAUUAACCCAAAUGGGAAUGGCGUGCCUACUCAAUAGUCGUCAUCCCAGUGAACCCACACUUGUUCACUGCCCCAUUCCAAAACCUGUCUUGUCCCCCAUCCGACGCGUCCCCUUUCCUUUCCACAGGAUAUUCUUAAUACCUUUCUCGGAACCCCCUUUUCAGCUUUAGCGAGCAUGACAGUCGUGUUCAGACAUCUCCCCUGGCGUU